GCUCGUGGAGUCUGACAUGUGACUGGGGAUGGCGGACAGGAGCUUCCUGAAAGACGCAGUGUGUCACAGGUUUCCGUGACAAUUCAACGCUUUGCCCAGUUUAAUGGCCUUAAACUGAGAUAAGUAGCGGUGCAUCAUUGUUUCUGCUCCAUUAUCCUGCUGCCGAAAUGAUUCGUGGGAUAAACGCUGUGGUGGUGUUAGCACUGCUGCUUCCACUGCCCAUGAUGCUGUCUUACCGGCUGCUGACAGCCUCUGCCUGGAUCCACUCCACCCCACUCCACUCCACUCCACUUCACUCCACAACCUGAGGCCAAUGGUCACACCUGUCCAGCGGAAAACAGCCACCGAGAGAGAGGGGCAGGUGUGCCCUUUAAGAGGGGGAGCAGCUGAGGCAAGGACAGCAUCCGAGUCUCCAUCCUCUGUGGAGGUUUCGCGGUUCCGGAGUGUACGAGGAAAAGAAGCGGUCUGUCGAAAAGGGCCGCUCUGGUUUUUUUUCUGUUUUCGUUCCUUCCAACUGGAAAUAAGCUGCAAUGGUUGGCAGUAUUCAAAGGCCUAAACCUGUCUGAGUGAGCUCUAUGAACAGCAGACCCAAUGGACAUCAAAGGCCAGUGUUGGACAGAUGAGGAGUCGGACGGGGAGAACGAGUCGGAACAGUUCCUGUAUGGUAUUCAGUGCUGCUUGUUACAGGGGAGCUGUGCCGCCGACCUGUACCGCCAUCCUCAACUGGACGCAGAUAUUGAGGCGGUAAAAGACAUCUACACCGACAGCGCUGUCUCUGUUAGGGAGUAUGGAACAAUUGAUGACGUGGACAUCGAUCUUCAUAUUAACAUCGGUUUCUUAGAUGAGGAGGUUGCGACAGCUUGGAAAGUUAUCAGAACAGAGCCCAUUAUUCUGAGACUGCGCUUUUCUCUUUCUCAGUACCUCGAUGGACCUGAGCCGUCAGUGGAAGUGUUCCAGCCCUCCAAUAAAGAAGGCUUCAGCCUGGGCCUGCAGCUCAAAAAGAUCCUGAGCACGUUCACCUCACAGCAGUGGAAGCACCUCAGUAAUGAGUUCCUCAAGGCACAGCAGGAGAAGCGGCACAGCUGGUUCAAAGCCGGAGGAACCAUCAAGAAGUUCCGUGCCGGGCUCAGCAUCUUCUCCCCCAUACCCAAGUCUCCAAGUUUUCCUCUGAUCCAAGACACGGUUUUAAAAGGGAAGCUGAGCGUCCCUGAGCUGAGAGUGACCCGCCUGAUGAAUCGCUCUAUCUCGUGCACCAUGAAGAACCCUAAAGGGGAACUCUUCAGCUAUCCACCAAACAGCCAGACUGUGGCUGUCCCGGCGGCCAGGGCCCCAGCGCAGAUUACCACGAGGCAGCUGAUUGAAUUGUUUUUCUCAUCCCAGGCCGGCGGCCACUGCAAGAACAUCCCUACCUUGGAGUACGGCUUCUUAGUGCAGAUAAUGAAGUACUCAGAGCAGAGGAUCCCCACGCUCAACGAGUACUGCGUGGUGUGUGACGAGCAGCACGUCUUUCAGAAUGGAUCCAUGCUGAAGCCGGCUGUGUGCACCAGGGAGCUGUGUGUGUUCUCCUUCUACACUCUGGGUGUGAUGUCUGGAGCUGCUGAGGAAGUGGCGACCGGAGCGGAGGUGGUGGACCUGCUGGUGGCUAUGUGUCGAGCUGCUCUCGAGUCUCCCCGCAAGAGCAUCAUCUUUGAGCCCUACCCAUCAGUCGUGGACCCCAAUGACCCCAAGACGCUUGCCUUCAACCCAAAGAAGAAGAAUUAUGAGAGACUGCAGAAAGCGUUGGACAGCGUCAUGUCCAUCCGGGAAAUGACCCAGGGCUCAUAUCUAGAGAUCAAGAAACAGAUGGACAAACUUGACCCUCUGGCCCACCCUCUGCUACAGUGGAUUAUUUCCAGUAACAGGUCCCAUAUCGUCAAGCUGCCUCUGAGUAGGCAACUGAAAUUCAUGCACACCUCCCACCAGUUCCUGCUGCUCAGCAGCCCCCCGGCCAAGGAGGCUCGUUUUCGCACUGCCAAGAAGCUGUACGGCAGCACCUUCGCCUUCCAUGGUUCCCAUAUAGAGAACUGGCACUCUGUUCUGAGAAAUGGACUAGUCAAUGCCUCUUAUACCAAACUGCAGCUGCAUGGGGCAGCGUACGGAAAGGGCAUCUAUCUGAGCCCCAUCUCCAGCAUAUCUUUUGGAUACUCAGGAAUGGGGAAAGGACAGCACCGCAUGCCCACCAAAGAUGAACUGGUGCAGCGUUACAACCGAAUGAACACCAUCCCACAGAGCCGUCCAAUACAAUCGAGGUUUCUUCAGAGUCGAAACCUGAACUGCAUCGCUCUGUGCGAAGUUAUCACAUCGAAGGAUCUGCAGAAACACGGCAACAUCUGGGUGUGUCCGGUGUCCGACCACGUCUGUACUCGCUUCUUUUUUGUGUAUGAGGACGGCCAAGUAGGAGAUGCCAACAUCAACACCCAGGAGCCUAAGGUGCAGAAGGAGAUCAUGCGUGUGAUUGGGACCCAGAUCUACUCCAGCUAAUGGAGGUUCUCCAUUCGUCUCUGGGGCAGAGGCACGCAGGCAGGCAGACAGCGAAUGUUUGGGCGAGCUGACCUCAGGCCUGAUGCUGAAGGCCGCGGGCGCUCUAGAGCACAUUAUUUCUAAAGUCGUUUUGUUCUGGUCCUCUCAUUUUCCUCUCUCUCCUUUGUUCCUCGUCUCCAAGUGGUUUUACGCAUUAUAUGUUCGUUAGACCUUCGGUUUUGGUCUCACGUGGUUCAAGUCAGUCGGUCUGCUUUUUCUCAGUUCACGUCACCUUCCAUCAGAACUGUAAAACACUGAUGACGACAAAGGAAGUCACCGGUGUGGCUCCACCAGACAAAGACACACUGUCAAACCCAGGGUCAGCUGGGCUUUCUUCGUACUUGCUGCACUUUUACUGAUCCUUUGGACUAAUUAUCUCUAUUUAUCAUUUCUCUUUGUGAAUUGUAAAAAAAAACAACAUCAUUCCAAGUGAUAAUUAGAUCCCUUUGUGGAAAAUAAGUGAUGGAUUUACAUGCACAUUGAAGUUUGUUCUCUUAUUGUGUUUGCAAAGGCAUUAUCUCUGAUUCAUUUAUUUAAUAUUCUUUGACAAAUGACAUGAAUUAAGGCCGGUGACAUGAUCAUAUUGUUAUCCGAGGGGCGAGCUCUGCUCCGUCGCUUAUCCCUGAUUCACUCGACGGAGCUUCCAGAAUCCAGUAAAGCGAGGUGUGGCUUGAACUCAAGUUGCCUAACACUGUAGGCACUUUUUGAUAACAUUAUCAAGUGUAAAAAUCCAGCUAUUAACAGUGUUAUGAUUUUUAUUUCAGAACUUAAAUUGGUUCUGAUUGACGAUGCACUUUUCAAAAACCUCACAACCCCCAAAAGGUCAAAGAGAGCGGACAGAAGAGUAACAAGGCAGGGUCGUACAAUAUCCUCACAGCUCCUCCUCAAUAUUUCUGGUGUGAACAUUAAUGAAAUUAUAUUCUGUGAGGCAAAAGGGCUCCCACUGCGAAUCAACACUCACGUCUGAAGCUUCUUGCACUCACCAAUGUUUUAAGUUUAUUUUUCUUUAGUGUUCGCAGUGGUAUGCUUUAAUUUGUCUGGCCUGAAAAGCUGAAAUAUGGAACUGGAGUACUAUGUUUUUUCUCCGUACUUGCCAGAAAGGUUUGAGCAGUUUGACAUUUUGAAGACGGUAACCGCAGAUAAAAUGUCGUCGUAUCCGUCAGCUGCAGGGCUCGUAACGUUUCGAAUCUGCGUUAAUGUAAAAUAUUCACGAGAGCUGAGAAAUGAAAACGGUGCGUCAAGACCUGGUCGCAGUGAGUUUGGUGCCCCCAGAGUUGUUCAAGAAAUUGCUCAAUGGAGGAUAUUUCAGGCGUAUCUUAAACUGGUUUAACUCUCAACAACAGCAAUACAGAUACAAUAUCACAGUUAAAUUACACACAUAUGACCAUCGUCUUACUCUGGCUGCAAACAAAAAAACAGAAAACCGUGGAUUUGAUUUCAUCCGUGGACACGUUAUAUAUCUGUUGCUUUUUGUUCUAUGUUCUUAAAAAAAAAAACUACCACAAUCUGUCCUGUGCGGAUAUUUUGUUCAUCACUUUUUUCUUAAAGUGGUGAGUAUCUCAUUUUUCAAAAAAACCCCGAAUCUCUUUGUGUACGAGCAACGCCACACAUUGGAUUCACAACCUACAAAAUCCACUGUACAGAUAAUUCAUGGACAAUUUCACCAAACUAUCUACUGACAGUAUCCAGUCAAGGAGCUCACGUCCUCCCAGGCUCUGACUAAUGGACACUGGAUGACAUAGAUCCGCAUUAAUGUGCAAACUCUUACGGUUUCAGCCCUCGGAGAUUUGCAACCUUGUAUAGCUAAUCGAGUUUAUCAGUUAGUCAUGUACUGUAUGUAUGUAUGUACGUGUGGGUUUGUAUUUUCUUGACAUUAUACUAGACAUUGCACUUAUUCAACGUUUGCCUAAACUGGAGAAGAUGCGCUGUCCUCAGACCUGCGACAGACGAGUAGUAGUGGAGGAAAAAAAGAAGAGGAAAAAAAAAAUAUAUUUAUGGAGUCAGUGAGACUAUAAUAUCCAACAUCUUAACCAAGUCUGUGCCGAGACGGGCUUUCAGUCUCCUGUCUCCUGGAACUAAAAAAAAUUCUGACUACUGAAUGGACUUUUGAGGCACUGAAAGCGAGAGCGAAUUGUAAAUAAGGACAUUGGAAAAACUCUGUUGAAAUGAAAUGCAUUGCCCAGAAAGAAAGACGGACAUGUACAGCUCACUCAUUGUGUGAGCAUUGUCUGUGCUAAUAGCUGAUGCCUGUUUUUUUGGCGAGAGAUUUGAGCAGCAAGAUUCACUUUGAGAAUCCAUUCUCCCCCACCCAGCUGUCUGUCUCCGGUGAGUAAUGUUUGUUUUCCGAGGACGAUGUUGACGACAAUGGUGGUGAUUAUGAUGAUGAUGAUGAUGACGAUGACGAAAAGAAUAAAGCCUGAUUUUGCACAGUUUUAUA